CGGAGAUGAAGUAUAAGCGAGGUCAAGAAGACUGAGGAGUUCGGUUGCUGGCAGAAGCGGUUUCGCCAUGGCUGGGUUGGCUACCUCGAGCACGGAGAUGGAUCUCGACCGCCCCAACAUCGACGAGUACCUCACCGUGGAGUCGAUCCGGGAGGCCCCCAAGAAGCUCCACCUGAGGGACCUCCUCGACAUUUCUCCUACUCUCAAAGAAGCUGCCGGCGCCAUCGUGGACGACUCCUUCACUCGUUGCUUUAAGUCGAAUCCUUCAGAACCCUGGAAUUGGAAUAUCUAUUUGUUCCCUUUAUGGUGCUUGGGAGUAGUUAUUAGAUAUGGGAUUCUUUUUCCAUUCAGAGUUAUAAUCUUGGUUGCAGGAUGGAUAGUAUUCUUUGCAGCCUUUUCACUGGUGCAUUUCCUUUUAGGAGAACAUAAUAAGUGGAAGCGUGAAAUAGAGAGGAAACUGGUUGAGAUGAUAUGCAGCGUAUUUGUUGCUUCAUGGACGGCAGUGAUUAAAUACCAUGGACCUCGUCCCAGCAUGCGCCCUCAACAGGUCUUCGUUGCCAACCACACUUCUAUGAUUGAUUUCAUCAUCUUAGAACAGAUGACAGCAUUUGCUGUCAUUAUGCAAAAGCAUCCUGGUUGGGUUGGAUUUAUCCAGAAGAUCAUCGUAGAAAGUUUAGGUUGUAUAUGGUUCAACCGUACAGAGGCUAAGGACCGUGAAAUUGUUGCUAGAAAGUUGAGAGAACACAUUCAAGGAGUUGACAACAACCCUCUUCUGAUAUUUCCUGAGGGAACUUGCGUUAACAACCAUUAUACUGUUAUGUUCAAGAAGGGUGCUUUUGAACUUGGUUGUGCUGUUUGUCCUGUAGCAAUCAAGUACAACAAGAUUUUUGUGGAUGCUUUCUGGAACAGCAAAAAGCAAUCUUUCACGAUGCACUUAGUACAGCUUAUGACAUCAUGGGCUGUUGUUUGUGAUGUUUGGUACCUGGAGCCUCAGUAUAUAAGGCCUGGAGAGACUCCUAUUGAAUUUGCUGAAAGGGUUCAAGACAUGAUCUCUGUUCGAGCUGGUCUCAAAAAGGUCCCAUGGGAUGGCUAUCUAAAGUACUUCCGCCCCAGUCCCAAGCUCAUAGAGCGCAAGCAGCAGAUCUUUGCGGAGUCAGUCUUACAGCGAUUGGAGGAGAAAUGAACAGAUAAUAAAAAGAUUAGUGUUGGAAACGGAUCCAUUAGUGAGGACCAGCAUGUGUAUAAGGUGAAUCAUGGCCAAUAUUAUAUUAUUGUACAGUUAAGCAAUCACGAUCAUUCAGGUGUGUCAAGUACGGGGCUUGCCGUGCCCUGUUUCUUACGUAAAGGUUGGAGUCUCAGCUUGUGUAAGGUGAAUGAAUCACGGCCAAUGUAAUUGUUGUACAUUUCAGCCAUCAUGAUCAUGCGUCAAAUCUGGGGUUUUUGGCGGAGCCCCGUUUCCUUUCC